AUGGCUGCCACAUCAAGCCCAGAGGAUGCCGUGCGCUCCUGGUUGGCAUCCCUCAAUCUUGGCCAGUAUGCCCAGCAGUUUAUCGAGCUCGGCCUCCUUAGCCUCAUCUUUGUUUCAUCCCCACCCCUGCUUGCUGCCCCCUACCCCCUAUGCCCCAUCAGCUACGAUGAUCCCAGCAUGAUCCACGCACUAGACAAAUCGGACUUAGACGAAAUGAACAUUACCCUUCCUGGUCACCGCAAGCGCAUCCUUCUCAAUGCCCCCAACUACAACCCACAACAAGUGGCCCAAGCUUUGCUGGCCGCGCCGACGCCAGUUCCCAGCGCCGCAACAGCUCUGCCUCCUACGCCGGCGCCAACACCGGCCCCUACCUCAGUGUCUGCACCUGUCCCAGACGAGGCAGCGCCUCCUGCUGCUUCUCAGCCCGAAUCGGAGCCCGAGGCAGAACCGCAGCCCAGCGCAUCAACUGCAUCGGAGGCGAACGGUGCUCCCGAAUACGCCAUAGCUACUCCAGAAACCAUUCCAGGUGAAAAUGAGGACGACCUCGAGGCGUCGGCAUCUCAGUCCCCUGUCGCCUCCUCAGCGCCCGUUCCAGUGGAAGCCAAACGCCCCCCGCCCCCCGCUGGCCGCAAGCCCCCACCCCCCAAACCGGCCCCCCGUCCCAAACCUCGCAUGUCCAGCGGCUCGGUGGCUCCUGCAGAGGAUCCCCCGGCCCCUCCCACCACCAAAGCCGCACCCCCCGCUUCGCCCAAAGCCGCAUCCACGGUGGGAUCUCAGCCACAGGAAGCUCCUCCUGCCCUACCCAAGGCCAAUAAACCCAGUUUGGUCCCAAGCGAGCCAGCACCAGAGCCCCCAGCUCCGGUCAACCCCAUUCCCGCCGAGCCUGCACCGGCUCGCCCACCAGCACCACAGCCCACACCUCCCGCUGAGCCCAUAUCUCGCCGCCCACCUGCUGCCCUUCCCGAUUCGCAGGCUGGCGAAACCAUCCGAGAACGUGCGCCUCUGCCCGAUCCUACACCGGCAUCGGACUCCCUUGAUGAAGUCGAAGAAGAGCGUGACGCCGUUCCCAGCCUCCCGUCGCGACCACCUGCGGCAGCCCCUCCUUCGCUGCCCAAGCGGCCUUCGAGCGAAAUGAUCACCCCUACCGUGCCCCCACAAUUGCCGAGCCGUCCUCUGAGCACGGCUGUGGAAACCGCUCCGCCCAAGCUUCCGCAGCGGCCCAUGAGCAUGGCGCCCGCCGGUGCAUCUGGGUCCGCUGGCGACGCCCCAUCUCUGCCCCAGCGCAACGUCAGUCAGGCACAAGCCGUCCAGCCGCCUGCUGUGCCCACGACUCCACGCCCAAAGUCUAUGAUUCAGGUCGACCAGCCAGCCAGUGACGAGGAAACCAUUUUCCUCCUGGGCGAGAGCAAUGGCGUUUUUACCAAAAACGCUGUCAACAUUUUCACGACAGCCGGUGAGCUUCUCCAAAACUACCUGUUGGAAACCAAAUCGCCUAGUGAUAGCACAACGCAUGAGUGGCAACUCUGGGAGGUGCUCGAGUGCCCGCCCGUUGAGCGUCAGCUGGCAGCCCAUGAACGUAUUCUCGAGGUCAAAUCUCGCUGGCCCAAGCAUUUCGAAAGCAAGUUGAUUGUGCGCUUCGUGGCCAAUGAGCUAGUGGGCAGCCCCAGCCGUCAAUUGCAGGGCCAGCUGUACAAGCGUGGAGGAACUCGCAAGACCUGGAAGUCACGCUUUUGCGUGUUGCAGGACACAGCCAUCGCCUACUAUCAAAAGCAGCCCAAAACCUUGGCUGAGAUUGAGAAACCCCUCGGAACCUUUGUCUUUGUCAACGCCCUGGUGUACAACGUGCGCAACUAUAAGCGUGCUCCCAAAAGCUCGCUGUGCUACUGCAUUCGGCCCUUGGAUGACGGCGUGUUCUGGCCGGGUGAAACGGAAAAGGAGGUGGUGGACUUUUGGGACAACCACUGCAAGUUUAUGUGUGCCUACUCAGCCAAGGAGCGAGCCACCUGGGUCGCAUCCAUUAUUCAGGCUCAACAGGAUUUGAUCGAUAAGGGUGAAAUUUACGGCUCGCUUGAUGGUCCUCCAGUCCCUCAAAGUAUUGACAACGAUGUCGAAGAUGAGGAAGCACCCGCUCCUGAAGAGCCGGUUCCUGAAACUGUCGAGGACGCAUCCGAAGCUGCUUCGUCACCGCCAGCCGUGGAUGCGAUGCCAACCUCAAGCGAACCUGGCGAGGGCACUUGUUUGUUCUUCCGGGAGUGGCAUCGACGCGACGAGCCGCCGCGUGCCGAGCCGCCCCUGUCGGAGCAGCACUUGAUGUAUGGUAUGAUCUUGUCCAUCAAACAGUUUGUGAACAAAAUUUCUCCUGUCACCGAAACGGGCAUUGAGUUUGGCUCCUAUGCCACGGAGACGUACCGCCUGCACUUUAUGGAGACCGCCAGCAAGCUCAAGUUUGUCAUUACCACCGACUUGCAGACACAGAACAUGCGCGAUAUCCUUCGCUCCAUCCACACCGAGCUUUUCGUGCCUUACAUCGCCGGCACGCCUACUCUUGAUGUGGGGCAACCAAUCAAGAGCUCUGGCUUUGAGGCCAGUCUUGAUGCCAAGAUCAAGGGCUUGCCAUUUUACUCCUCCUAA